AUGAAGGAAAGUCAGUUCUCCGUUGAGGAUCUCCCCACCAAGUCCGUUGCCUCCCAUCCUAUUCUAGCAACCAUCACGCGUGAAUUCCCUGUCUGUGUCUUGCCCGGUCCUUUCACGAUCACCAUCAACAACAUCGACCACAAGGUCGAUCCCGAUUCCAUCCGCGUUGAAGGCUCCGGCCCUGUCAAAGUUAUAGACAUCCAGCAUGCAAUCAUUCACCGAGAUCCGUCCGCCUGCAAACCACCCUCUGAUCAAAAGGCCUAUGACCCAGCCAGAGACCCCGAUAAUAUAGAAAGGCACCCCUUCAACUCCAUUGAAGAACUGACGUGGGCCGAAGAUGACGAGUUGUAUCGAGCCAGUCGUCUAAGUCAAGAGAGGCAGCUUAUGGGUUAUGCUGGAUAUAGUGCGCAAUAUCCUCCUUUGGGCUUUUCAGAACCAACGAUUCGGAAAGGGGAGGAUCCGAGUAUGUGGGAAGAACGGAAUCAGAAAUCUGAUCCGAAACAGUCGGCCUUGGACCAGUCCUGCCAGGUAGUUGUGCAUCUGGAAGGGCAAAUGACUGCUCCUGCCUCCGCCUCGAGCCCUGACACUCUUGAUGCCCAGCUAAUGCUGCCGACUCCGCAGACACACACGUCGUGUCUGGAGGAACAGUUUCCAUCAUUGCAAUUAUUUGAUCAGGCAGCCAUACCACCUGAAACCAGUUUGUUCUCGCCUUCUGUGUCAGCACUGGGGAUCCCAGAAUCAACAUUCCCCUUCCCUGAUGUUUCCCACUCAGGCGAUCUGUUUACGGAUUUCACAGCCGAUGAAAGGAUGAAUGGGAUGGAAAAGGACUUUUACCCCCUUGACGGUAAGGUGCCCGAGUCAAUCAGCCAGGGUCCUGGCUUGAGUGUAGCCCAUGAAAUAGUGGAGCUGGACCUCCAGGCUUCAUCCACCCAUGCGAUAGUGCCCAAGAAGCAUGUUGCAGCGUGUCUUCGUGCGAAGGUACCGAAUACUUUGCCUGUAAAUACUCGAAAGGGUGAAAUGAGCUUAACCGUUGACGGCACCUGUCUCGGCAAUUCCCAAGUCCCAAGUUGCGUGCGCAACGAAUCCUUUGAGCUCAACCUUAGGGUGGACCGGUCCGUCAAGAUGACCUAUAAGGAACCUGGUAUAACACUGGCUACAGCUGACGAAUACUUGAAGCAAAGUACUACAUAUUUCGAAGCGUCGUGCAAGGUCAAGAAUACAAGAGCCCAUGCAGUCAACGAUUUUGUAUUGGAUCAGGUGCCAGUCAAUGUGGAUGAUCACUUUGAUUUUGAGAUUCUGACGCCCGAGACCUUGAAGGUUCCCGAGGAUAAGGUGGAUUUGACGGCGCCGGGAGUGUCGGGAAAGAAGACUGUGGAGCUGAGCGUGAUGGAGAGAUCAGAUGGGAAGUGA